CACCACGAACAGAGCGAUCAGGAGCGUCUCUACCACCAGUAGCGCUAUCAGGAAAGAUUUGACAGCGGGAAUAUUGGCCGUAUUUGAGGGGAUCCUGGGUAGGGCGGGGGUACCAAGGAUACAAGAAGGAAUUAUGAAGUGGCCGCAAUUGCCGUCAUACUCACCCCAGAGCACUAGGGAUAGUGCAAAGUUAGCUAAUGAAGCUAGUAGAGCUACUUGUUUACUCUGUCUUUCAUUAGAGCAUCCCAGGAUGAUACCGGCAACCCCGAUAAGUGGAGUUAGUAGCAAUACAAGCAAGAGUUUGGAUCCAUCUUUAUAUGGUGGUAACUGGACUACCAUGACCCCUAUCAUCAGAAGCCAGGAAGAAGCCACAAAGCAGGUGAUCCUUAUCGGAGAGAAGGGGACCAAAGGAGGGUGUCAAAGUGCAGCUACCCUCAAAACUUCACUUAACUAUUAA